AUGAGUUAUUUAGAGAAUGUAUUUUUGAGGAAUAUUGUAUUUUAUUUUAUAAAUACCAAAACCAUUAAAACAUUUUGUUUUAUUUCUAAAAGAUGUAAAGAAGCAGUUAUAAGUGUUUAUCAUCACCCUUACAAACUAAGUAAAGAAACAACGAUAUAUGACAUUUUUAAUUUAUUUCCAAAACUUGAAACAAUAAGAGUAAAUUCAUUUCAUGAUGAGAUAUCAAAAACAAUAUUAUCAAAAGUAAAAUUAAUAGAUUUUCAGAAUAUAAGAAACUCAUCAUAUUUACAACAAUUUAUGAAUAAAAGAUUUCUUUCAAAAAUUAUUAAUAUAAACAUAAUAAAUUCAACAUUACUUAAUUCACUUAAUUCAAAUUUGAUAUGGGUAAAAAAUUUGAGAGUUGUUAGUAUUGAAUGUGUUAUUGAUCAACCAAAUCUUCAAUUAUUAUUACAAAUUAAGUCUUUGAGAUUAUUAAUAUUAAAACAAUCUAAACAAAUAUUUCUUUCUAUUCUUCAAUUCCUUCAUUUACAACACAUUAAUUGUUCAAUUUCAUUAAUUGAAGAUAAAUUAAUAAAAUAUGACUUUAACUCCUCUGAAAGUUUUUCUAAUAAUUCAAUUUCAUUAGAAUCAUUAUGUUUAGAUUCUAAAAUUAAAUUAUUUUGUUGGAGUGAUGGACAACUAUUUAAACAAUUAAAAAAUUUCGAAAAUGUUUAUUGUAUUAAUUCUGGUUCAUUCAAUGAAACACUUUCUACAACUAUUGAUGACACUGUUCAUUCAAUUAUUUCUCAAUGUAAUUAUAAAAUAACUAUCACUUUUAAUAUUAACCAAAAUACUCAAAAGACUUCACAAAUAUUUGAUUUCUCAAAAACUCCGAUAAAAUAUAUGUCAUUAAUAAAUUUAAAUUUUCAAAUAUUGUUUCCUCCUCGUUUAGAACAACUUUUUUGUGUUUCUUCAAGUAAAUUUGAUAUUAAUUCUAUUCAUUUAAAAAAGUUAGAUUUAUGUGGUAAUUUGAUUGGAAAGAUAUAUAUUAAUAUGGAUUUAAUGGAAUCACUUUCAAUUGUUCAAACAUCUACAGAAAUCUUUGAUUUGAAAUUUAGAUAUGAUAGUAUAAAAGAUUCUCUUAUAGUAACACCUUUAUUACAACUUAUUAAAAUUGAUUUGUCUAGUUCUAAACAAAAAUUAAAACUACAAUAUAAGAAUAUCUUUUUUGAGUGUUUUGGAAUCACUAAAAUUACCAAUCUUUCUUUUGAAAUUCAAGGAAUCAUCAAUAAGACAUGCAUCAUUAAUUUAUCUACAUUAAAUUCUAAAAAAAUUAGAAUUAAGGAUUCUUGUAUUGGUGAUUUGAUUCUUAAUGGAACUAAUAAAGAAGAAUUAUAUAUCGAAACAAGCUCAAUUCAAAAUAUUAUACUUUCUAAUAUCUUGUACUUUAGAGGAUUAAGUGGUCAUCUUCACAAUGUAAAAAUGAAGAAUGUUGCAUCAUAUAAAGGAUGUUCUAGUGUAAUAUUAAAUAUAGUCAAAUAA